AGAGGGGACAAUCGACCCCACGAUCGCAAGGGUGAGCCCUCAGGGUCGAGAGAGCUAGAAGCCGCUGCUGGAGGAAGCGGGGAAAACCGCAGAAUCACAGAUUGGACUUCCUGGAAUUCAGGGGUAUGGAUAAAUUGGGACAGAUCAUCUCCUUAGGCCAGCUCAUCUAUAAAAAAUGUGAAGAAAUGAAACACUGCCAGAAUCAGUGCCGGCGUCUAAAGGAGCGUGUGUGUGGCUUGCUAGAGCCUCUCCAGAGCCUCCAGGCCCAAGGAACAAACAAUCUGCCAAAGAACAUAACUAUAACCCUGGACAAGUUUGAGACUGUCCUGCAGGAGGCUAGGCAGCAGAUAGAAAAGUUCAGCAAGAAGUCCAGUAUUUGGAAGUUUGUAACUGCGGGCAAUGACAAGAUACUCUUCCUUGAAGUAAAUGAGAAGCUGAGAGAUGUCUGGGAGCAGAUGAUGCUGUGUCUUCAGGUUGAUCAACAGAGCUCUGCUUCAAAAGCAUCCUGGCUGCAGGAAGAUCAACAGGAUGCGAGAGAGGAUGAAACAGAAAAUCUGCGAGCUCUCUUGAUGAAGGUGAGCAUUGACGUGGAAGAAAUCAAGGAAACUCUGAAACAGUGCUCACUACAACCCACACAGAAGAUCCCACAGGAAAAAAUCAAGGAGAUUGAGAAGGAACAUCUUACCAGCUCUCCAUGGACUUUACUGAAGAAAAAUGACCUCAGCACAUUUUACAGAGGAGAGUAUCACAGAUCUCCAGUUACCAUCAAAGUAUUCAACAAUCCCCAAGCCAGAAGUGUCAGUACAGUGAGGCACGCUUUCCACAAUGAGAUCACAACCAUGAAGAAAUUUGAUUCUCCCAACGUCUUGCGUAUAUUUGGGAUUUGCAUUGAUGAAACGGUGAAGCCCCCUGAAUUCUCCAUUGUCAUGGAGUACUGUGAACUUGGAACCCUGAGGGAACUGCUGGAUGAAGAAAAGGACCUCCCUCUGAGUGUGCGCAUCUUCUUAGUCCUGGGAGCAGCCAGAGGCUUGUACAGGCUACACCAUUCAGAAACAUCCAAACAACUGCACAAAAACAUCAGCAGUUCCAGCUUCCUGGUAGCUGAAGGCUACAACGUAAAGCUUGCAGGAUUUGAAUUAAGUAAGACGCAAACUUCCAUCAGUCAGAAGACAAAACACACUAACGCAGAGAGAAACCAUCCAACGGCAUAUACCUCCCCUAAGAGACUGAAAAAUCCGUAUUGUAAAUAUAAGAGACAAGAUGAAAUAUAUAGCUUUGGAAUCGUGCUCUGGGAAAUUGUCACUGGAAAGAUCCCAUUCCAAGGUUGUGAUUCGAAGAAGAUCUACGAGCUGGUAGCUGAGGGCCAGAAGCAGGAGCCAGUGGGUGAAGAUUGCCCUAAGCUCUUGCAGGAGAUCAUUGACGAGUGCAGGGCCUAUGAGCCCAAACAAAGGCCCUCUGUGGAUGAAAUCUUAGAGAGACUGUCUGCAAUUAACUGAGGUGUGUGUGCAAACCUAAACGGAAGACUCCCUGGACAAGAAGCUGAAAGAGAAACAAA